AUGAAGAAAAUGAAAUAUAAUUAAACGCAAAAUUUAUUUAGUAAUAAAUUAAUUAAUUUGAUUGAUUUGUCAAAUUAUUUGCAGAGAAAAUCAAAAUUUAAAUUUAAUUUGAUAAAAUAGAAAGAGAAGCUGGAGAACAGAGAUAAAAAAUAAAUAAAAGGACACAAAAAAAUAAAAUAAGGAGUUAAAAGUAGAGUAAGUAGGUUACUUGAAUAAGAUACGGAGUUGUUAGUAGAUAGAUUUAUUGGAUUUAAAUAAAUAAAUAAACAAAUAAUAAAAACAAUAAAAGGAUAGGUUUAAAGAGCAGCUUAAAGUAUUAAAAAAAGGAAAAAAAAGUGGCUUUACUAAAAAUAUAGUUAUUUCUUUGUUUGUUUUUCUUUCAUAUAUAAAGAAACCAUUAAUAAGAUUCAUUGA